GUUAAAGAUUUCGUCUGUUGUUUUGAAAAUUAAAAUUGUAAGGUCUGUCUUUUAUUCUCUUAGUGAUUAAAAAAACUAUGAGGUGGGCUCUUCUGAAGAAAUUUGCAGCUUGUGUGGGUGCGGCAUUCAUAGUUUACUAUAUUAAAAAACGCUGUGGAGGUCCUUUAUGUCGAUGUGUUUUGAGGCUUGAUGAGAAAGUUGUAAUAAUUACUGGUGGAACUUCUGGUUUAGGACUGGCCAUUGCUGAACAGCUUGCUAAUAGAGGUGCAAGAAUAAUUUUUACUGCAAGAGAUCUGGAUAAGGGUCUUGCAAUCCAAGAAUCUCUUAGAGCAACAACUAAGAAUCCAAAGAUUUUCUGCAAGUAUCUGGAUUUAAACAACUUUGUUUCUAUUCAUAAAUUUGUUUCCCAAGUCAACCAAAUAUGUUCCAAAGUAGAUUUGCUUAUCAACAAUGCAGGAGUAUUUUUCCAUCCUCCUAAAGAAACUGUAGAUAAAUUUGAUGUCACAUUUCAGACCAACUAUUUGGGGCAUUUUCUUUUGACUGAAUUACUGGUUCCAGUAUUAGGCGAUCAAAGCCGCGUAAUAUUUCUGUCAUCGGCUGCACAUUCCUUAACUAAAUCUUUAGACUUGAAGAGUGCAUGUAUUUUCGACGAAGGAGCCAUCGGAACAUCAGCAAGAUUUCAGAGUUACGCUAAAGCAAAGCUAUGCUUAUUGUUGUAUAGUAAGACUUUUGCACAACGUCACAAGGAUAGAGGCAUUCGUGUUUAUAGUGUAGAUCCUGGAUCAGUGGAGACACCGAUUUACCGUCAUUUUCCUUUCUUGCAAAACCCAAUUUUGAAAGCAAUCCAGAAACCGAUUCGCUUUAUUGUAAUUCGAAGUCCAUUCCAAGGAGCACAGACUGUUCUUCACUGCGCCUUAUCUCCCAAACUGGGCAGUGAAACUGGAUUUUACUACGCGGACCUGGUAACCAAGACGCCUUCAAAUCUAUCACAAGACAUUCAACUUUCUUCCCAGCUGUACGAUUACAGUCGACUUUGGGCAGGUUUGUCUGAUUUUGAAAAGAGUAAGUCUGUCUAGCUUCGACUGUCCUACAUCGCCGCAAAAUGACGUUCGAAUGGAUCGAAAUGAAAAAAGAUUUGGCGAAGAAA